AUGUCCAGGACUUAUGCCGUCGCCAGAGGUGGCCUUGCGGGCCCGGCUCUAUUUCCCUUUCUCCAGAAUGGACUCACCGAAUCCGACCAGGGCAUCUACAAGAUGCAGCAAGACGAUCCGCUCGCCACUCAGGUCUGGAAGUUCUUUGCGAGAACCAAGCAGCAGCUGCCCAGCCAGCAUCGCAUGGAGAACUUGACCUGGCGCAUGAUGGCCCUCAGCAUGCGAAAACACCAGCAGGAGCAGCAGAGAAAGGUGGAUGAGGCCGAGGCGCGCAAGAGGAAGAAUAUGGAGGCCAACAAUAGGCUCGCUCGACCCAUGAUGCAGAAUUCUCCCAGCGGCAUUGCUCAGCUGCGAAAGUAUUCCGAGAACAACAUGGCCCAGCCUGACGCCAUGAAUCUCGACGACUUCAUCUUCUCCGACAACGCCGACACUCCCGUCAACUUUUCGUCUCCUCAGGACUCCGAUAGAUUCGAUGACAGGCCCGGAAACUCAAUGGCUUCGGCCAUCCCCAUCAAAUCCCGCAAGGAACUGUCGCACCACUUUGUCCCUCAGUCUGUACCAGCCCAGAACCACCAGACGAACCAAGGCACUGAGUUCAACUACGUGAAUCGCCAUCUUCGCAAGACCAGCAUCGAUGACCGCCGGACUCGAAAGCGCCCCGCUGAUUUCUCACCACAAGUGCCGGCGGCAAACACUACGGCUCAGAAUGAUCUUGAUCUCGACUCUGAGCUGCAUGACUACUCUCUGGAUAACCCUCACCCGGCCGGCAUGGCCCAGCAGCCCGGCAACCCUAGCGUGCCCUUUAACCUCGAUACCUUCAUGGAGAAUGACCCCAUCAUGAACUCGAAUGGAAAUUUCCAGCAGGGUUUCUCAUUCUCUCCCUCUACCUCACCUAUGAUACCCAAUGUUCCUUUCCCUGGCAUGUACCAGAAUUCUUCCGUACCCCCGGCGCCCAUGAGCAACACUGCCGACCUCUACUCGCCGACAGGUUCCGCCUAUCAGUCAACAGCAUCAACACCUCAUCCUAUUCCUGAGCAGGACGGCUUCUACUUCAACAGCCAAGAUGGUCGAUCUCAACGGCCCCAGGCCUUCCAGCAGAGCAUCGGAGGCAUGCUCAGCCAGCAGUUCAUGUACAACGGCACCAACGGAAACAGCGGCAGCACCAUGUUCUCCGCCCCAGGAACUGCGACAGAGUCCAUGUCUGCGUACAGCACUGCUCCCAGCUCUUUUGGACACAUCGACCCAUCUCAGGUGUUCCAGGGUGACCAACCCGUCACUUCACCAACCAUGCAGAUGCAGCAAGACAACAUGUUUUCCUUUGGAGCAGACUCGGAUGACGAAGACAAUGCAUUUGCCGACCGCAAUGUGGCAAUGCAGAAGGAUAUGUCGUCGUCUCUCGAUGAAUCUGGCACCAUGGGCUGGGAUGCCUCGCUCCCUGGACAGUUCAGCACUCAGGCUGCCCGCUUCCCCGGCGGCCCACCCCGCAAGCAGGUGGUUAUUGGAGGAUCAACGACUGAUUAUGUCGAAGCCAAUGGUGAAUGGGAUACAAACGGCCUUGCAAGGUCACAAUCACAGUCAUUCAGGCCAGGAAACCCAAGGAGGCAACCGAAAUUGACGCGGAAUGCCUCAACUCCAGCACAUCUGGCUGGGAAGCAGAAUGGUUUUGAACAACUCGCUCAGUCGAUGCCGAUGUCGCCCAAUGGUGACAGGAACGGAACCAUGUCUGGAUUCUCCUCGGUCGCGCCAAGCCGGCCUUCGUCGCCUCCGGGAUCGAAGCAUGGCUCCACGACGAACCUGCAAGCUGCUGCUGGCAACGGCAACAAUGCUAACGGCGAUGGAAAUGCUCCGACCACGUGCACCAACUGUUUCACUCAGACAACGCCUCUGUGGAGACGAAACCCUGAAGGACAGCCUCUGUGCAACGCUUGUGGACUCUUCCUCAAGUUGCACGGCGUUGUGCGACCAUUGAGUUUGAAGACGGAUGUGAUUAAGAAGAGGAACCGUGGAUCGGGGUCCAAUGUGUCAGUUGGUGGAAGCAGCACAAGGUCCAAGAAGACUGCCAGUGCUGCAGCAUCUCGGAAGAACUCGACCUUGUCCAUGUCGACGAUGGCUGCCAACAGUUCCAAGAACAACGCCACCAGCCAGCCUCCAAAGACCGUGACAACACCGCCUGCUUCUAACCGGCCUCAGAGCAACAAGGAUGUGGAAAGCCCCAGCAGCGGCCCUAACUCGGGCGCCAACACUGCAGGAAGCACUCCAAACAGUCACUUUGGGGCUUCCAACUCAAGCAGCGGCGCUGUGGGCGGCAAGGGUGUCGUUCCUAUUGCAGCAGCUCCGCCCAAGACAAGCCCCGGGCCUGGCGCAUCGUCCAUGUCGGUUUCGAGGCCUUCGACUGUCUCGUCGAAACGACAACGUCGUCACAGCAAGAGUGUUACGGCCGAUGCACCGAUCAGCAUGGACAUCGACAGCCCCGAAUCUACGGGAUCUAUCGAUGCCCCGCGCCCCUUUGGUUCUUCAGCGGGGCUCUCGAGUUUACCUGGUGGCAUGUCAGCAAGUGGUUUCAACCUGAACCAACGGCCUUCAACACUCGGAUCGGGUACAGGGUUGAUCAGCAUGUCAGGUGGACAAAACAACUCGUUGAUUGGAAGCUCGGCCGGUCCUCAAGAAUGGGAGUGGCUUACCAUGAGUCUUUAAUCGCAUCGACCCGGCGAGGCUAUAGUUCUGGCAUCCCAGAUGGUAGUGCCCAUCAUCAUCACUUUCACCCCUGCCAGGGCUGGUCUUUCUGGCAAGGGGCGCGAUGUCGCGAAAUCACUUGACGAUGGAUGUAAUCGAUUUUGUUGGCGUUUGGGAGACGUGGGCGUUUAUUAUUACACGACAACUUGAUACCUCAUCUGGAUACAGGGCAGAUUGCGUCUCUUCUUUGGUUAUAUGUUUAUGGGUCUCUCCAGGGUGCUGCUCCGUCGCCGUCACCACUCGGCACUUUGUUACGAUUCUAUCAGGCUACCUACUCACGACGGCAUGAAAGAACUGGGAAUGGAUCCAUUGUUUUGUCACGAAGACUUGUUUCCAGGGAUGAGUGGCACACUCUUUGGAGAUCCUGACGAUAUGAUAUGUAUGGGUGGCGCGAUUCUUCUGUCUUUUUUGCAGGACUUUAUAGAGAACAAGAACCGGCCAUGUAUGGGCGGACUGGAUGGAUGGAUGGGAUGGGAUGGUCCUUGAAGGCCCGGAUUUGAUGACUUUUUGGACAGCGGCUUGCGAUAGAAUUACCUCUUGACGCUUAUAUGCGUGUCUGGGGCGAGAUAAUAUCAUUGUCACUAUGAU